ACCGCAGCCGACUAUAUACGGGCCUCAAGUAUGUGCAGUAGGGAGUUUCUCUGGGGAAUCCCCAGCUACUGAUGAACACAUGAAAAAAGGAGGUAUAUAAUUAUACCUAUCGAUGAAUUUCAAGAGGCUGUGGAAUAAUGGCUGCUAGUUCUGUGUUUGCAGGUGGAAAGUCAUUUCUUUUUGCUGAGUUUCAUUUUCUUUUGGCACAACACCUGGUGCAAUGGGGUAUUCAGCCUAGGAAACUGUGCAGACUGCUUGAUAGGCAUCUAUCACGGAAUGGUUCAGGCAAGCAUUAUUCUCUGAGUGAAUCAUUGCAGAAAAAUGCACGAAAGAAGACACAAGACCCAGUGCUACUAAACGCUUAUUUUGUCAACCGCUGGGCACAUCAGAUUCAGCCAGACAGUGAAAAAUUGGCUCAGGUAUUCAAUUCUUGUGAUGCAAAAAUUCGAUCAAACAUCUCAGAAUUAUGUGAAGCGAACAGUUUGGAUUUUAGCCGGACUAAGUGUGAUGAAAUACCUAAGCUACAGAUCUCCAAAGAAGGGAAACUAUUUUCCUUUUGUGCCAAACAUGAUAUGACGGAUUAUUCUCAGUAUCGUCAAUACGGAAUCAAACAAAACCGACCUUGGUGUUUCUACUAUAAAUUUAAGGAUACUUCAAAAUCAAGUAAAAAGACAAAGGCUAAGUCUACUUCUGUUUCCAUGUUGAUGGCUGCACCUGAUGUUCACACCAGUCAAAGACUAUCCAUUGCUAGGUUUGCUAGAAAAGUUCUCCGGAAGUUUACACUUAAUUUCAGGAUAACACAACAAGAAAAUGCUGUUGAACGUUUUGCCAUACGGUUGUUGGAUAAAGCAAAUAUUGUGGCUUUCAAUGAUGGCAGAGAAACUGUUCUACUAAAAGAUAUUUGGGCUGCACUUCACGUAGAAUCUAGCGACACCUUCGAGAUUGUUGAUUGUAACUCCUCAACCAAACAGAAAGACAGUGCAAAGUGUGGUGUGCCUGAAAUCAAUCACACAUGUGACAGUGGCACUGAGAGUUCAGUUGUGAGUCGAAAAGAGUUUGAAGAGUUGCCAAACAGGGAUUGUGAUGACUCAGAUGAUGAUAUUGAAGAAACGUUUCGAAAAGUAAAGCCACCUAUGAUUGGUAAAGUACAUGUACCAUUCUAUGCUGACAAAGCUAACCUGACUUCGUCCAGCAGUUGCUCAAAAGUCAAACGGGGAUGUGAGUUACCGAAACGGCUAAGAAAAAGAAAACGACGAUUGGUAACCAGCUCAGACUGUGAAGAAAGCGACGUGGAUAGUGAAAAUUCAGUUCCAUCUACAUAUUCUAUUGGCACAUGUAGUUCUGAUUAUCAAUGCCAUGUGAAGAAAAGAAGAAACAAGCAACCCCUCUCGAUAAUUGAAAACAAAAAUGUUGCUGCUGCACCUGUGCACAAAAGUCAAGGAGUAUCCAUUGCUACUAGGAAAUUUCUCCAGAAGCCUAGACUUGAUUUAAGGAGAAUAUAUUCUUUUUUGCAAGAAGUUGUCAAACGUGUACUCUAUAAGGCAAAUAUUGUCACUGCCUGUGGACCUAGGGCUGUACCUAACGAUUGCCCUCUCCACAACCAGACGGAAGUAUGUAGCAAAAGUGGUGUGCUUGGAAUUAAUCAUGAUGUGGCAGAUGGUGGCACCGAGAGCUCAGAUGAUGAUAUCGAAAAAGCAUUUCGAAAAGUGAGGCCACCUAUGAUUGUUAAAAUCUAUGCUGACAAAGUUAACCUGAAAAAUUGCUCAAAAGUCAAAGGAGGACAUAAGUUACCGUCACGGCUAGGAAGAAGAAAACAACGAUCCAGCUCAGACUACUGUGAAGACAGGCAAAAACGGGUUCCAUCCACCUCUUCCUCACUGCUAAGAAAAGGGCGACGAUUGGUAUCUAGCUCAGAUGAUGAAGACUUUGAUCUGACAAGUCCCAAACGACCCUUAAUUGUUUAUUCUGAUUCCGAAGAAAGCAACAUGGGCAACGAAAAUUUAGUUCCAUUUAUCUAUUCUAGAUCUGUCAAUGAGAAGAAAAUAUUAAUUUGAAUAAUAGGCACAACUGCUGAAAGAUUUGACUGUUCCCUGGAUAUGAUGGACACUUGCUAAGUGUGAACAAUGAACUGUAUUGUUAUACAUGUACAUAAAUAAUUAUACACGUAGAAGCAUUGCAAGUACUGAGUUAUUUACUCUUGUAUGUUGCACAAAGAGCACUAUUUUUGCACACUAAAUUGUUUCUUUAAGGUUACAGUAAACAGUUUGCUCAUGAAUAUUCAUGAUUUUUUUUAUAAUGAUUUUGUGAAACUAUGAAAGAAGUUUGAAGGACA